GGCGAGAAUCGGCCGCUCUCGCCUCCCCCGCGUCUAUGGCGGGGCGGCCGCGGGACGCUGCGUCCUCUCUAGCCGGAGUCCUCCCGGCGCCUCUAUGGCCCCGCCCACGCCGCGGCCGAGCGGUCCUCCCGCGGCGGCGCCCAGAGAGGCUCCUCUCUAUGGCGGAAGUGGGGGCGACUUCCGGCGGCGGCGGUGGCGGCGGGGGGAGGCUCCGCGCGAGCUGCGCUGUCCCCGUGGGUCACCGCGCAUGAGGGGGGGGAGCUGAGCCCCUUGCUGCGCUUGGCCGCCCGCGCCUCCCCCAGCUGCCAUGGCCGACACACUGGAGUUCAACGAGAUUUAUCAGGAGGUGAAAGGAUCCAUGCAGAACGACGGGCGGCUGCGGCUGAGCCGCCAAGGCGUCAUCUUCAAGAACAGCAAGACGGGGAAAGUGGACAACAUCCAGGCCUCGGAGCUGGCCGAGGGCGUGUGGCGGCGCGUGGCGCUGGGCCACGGCCUCAAGCUGCUCACCAAGAAUGGCCACGUCUACAAAUACGAUGGUUUCCGGGAAUCGGAGUUUGAUAAACUCUCAGAUUUCUUCAAGGCCCACUACCGCCUGGAGCUGGCGGAGAAGGAUCUGUGUGUGAAGGGCUGGAACUGGGGGACAGUGAGGUUUGGAGGGCAGCUGCUCUCCUUCGACAUCGGGGAGCAGCCGGUGUUCGAGAUCCCCCUCAGCAACGUCUCCCAGUGCACGACGGGCAAGAACGAGGUGACGCUGGAGUUCCACCAGAACGAUGACGCCGAGGUCUCGCUCAUGGAGGUUCGCUUCUACGUGCCCCCCACCCAGGAGGACGGCGUGGACCCCGUGGAGGCCUUCGCUCAGAACGUCCUCUCCAAGGCAGAUGUGAUCCAGGCCACCGGCGAUGCCAUCUGCAUCUUCCGCGAGCUACAGUGCCUGACGCCACGCGGGCGGUACGACAUCCGUAUCUACCCCACCUUCCUGCACCUCCACGGCAAGACCUUCGACUACAAGAUCCCCUACACGACCGUGCUGCGCCUCUUCCUGCUCCCGCACAAGGACCAGCGGCAGAUGUUCUUUGUGAUCAGCCUGGAUCCCCCGAUAAAGCAAGGCCAGACCCGCUACCACUUCCUUAUCCUGCUCUUCUCCAAGGAUGAGGACAUCUCCCUGACCCUCAACAUGAACGAGGAGGAGGUGGAGAAACGCUUCGAGGGGCGGCUCACCAAGAACAUGUCAGGCUCCCUCUACGAGAUGGUCAGCCGAGUCAUGAAGGCGCUGGUGAACCGCAAGAUUACCGUGCCUGGCAACUUCCAGGGGCACUCGGGAGCCCAAUGCAUCACCUGCUCCUACAAGGCCAGCUCGGGGCUCCUCUACCCGCUGGAGCGGGGCUUCAUCUAUGUGCACAAGCCUCCCGUGCACAUCCGCUUCGACGAGAUCUCCUUUGUCAACUUUGCCCGUGGGACCACCACCACCCGCUCCUUCGACUUCGAGAUCGAGACCAAGCAGGGCACGCAGUACACCUUCAGCAGCAUAGAGAGGGAGGAGUACGGGAAGCUCUUUGACUUCGUCAAUGCCAAGAAGCUGAACAUCAAGAACCGAGGCCUCAAGGAGGGCAUGAAGCAGAGCUACGACGAAUACGCCGACUCCGAUGAGGACCAGCACGACGCCUACUUGGAGAGGAUGAAGGAGGAGGGCAAGAUCCGGGAGGAGAACGCCAACGACAGCAGCGACGGCUCUGGGGAGGAGACAGAUGAGUCCUUCAACCCUGGAGAAGAGGAUGAUGAUGUGGCUGAAGAGUUUGACAGCAACGCCUCGGCCAGCUCCUCCAGUGGUGACGGUGACAGCGACCGGGACGAGAAGAAGCCAGCCAAGAAAGCCAAGAUCGUCAAAGACCGCAAGCCCCGCAAGAAGCAGCUGGAGAGCAAGAAGGGGAAGGACCCCAACGCGCCCAAGCGCCCGAUGUCGGCCUACAUGCUGUGGCUGAACGCCAGCCGCGAGAGGAUCAAGUCGGACCACCCCGGCAUCAGCAUCACGGACCUGUCCAAGAAGGCCGGGGAGCUCUGGAAAGCCAUGUCCAAGGAGAAGAAGGAGGAGUGGGAUCGCAAGGCUGAAGAUGCCAGGAGGGACUAUGAGAAGGCCAUGAAGGAGUACAGCGUGGGCAGCAAGUCAGAGAGCUCCAAGGCGGAGAGGUCGAAGAAGAAGAAGAAGAAGCAGGAGAAGCAGAUGAAGGGGAAGGUGGAGAGGAAAGGCGCUGGCUCCAAGUCUCUGUCCUCUUCCAAGUCCCCCGCCAAGAACAUGAGCGAGAGCUUCAAGAGCAAGGAGUUUGUCUCCAGCGACGAGAGCUCCUCGGGGGAGAGCAAGAAGGAGGACUCGGAGGAGGAGGGGGUCGCCAGCUUGCCCCCCAGCUCGGAGGAAUCAGCGUCUGGCUCGGAUUAGCCCCGUCCCUCUUGAGUUCUCCGAUCGGCGCGAGGAGGGGGUGGCCCAGCCGCCCCCCCCACCCCUGCAGGGACCUGGCUCUUGGCCCCCCGCCCCCAGCUGCUCUGCACCCUCCUGCUGUGAUGCCCGGAGCAGGGUGGGCGUCCCCCGGCCCCCCCCCCCCCCCUCCCCGACUGAGCCCGCAGUGCCUGGGGGGGGAGCGGGGCCCUGUGGGGGCAGGAGGGCCCCACCUCAGCCCUGUUUCGCAUCAAUUUAUUUUUUUAAA